AUGAAGGUAGGAUUCAUCGGUCUGGGCACAAUGGGGGGCAGUAUGGCCUACAACACCCUCCAGGGCGGGCACGACUUGGUUGUCCACGACAUACGCCGUGAAUCUGCAACUCCCCACUUAGAGGCUGGCGCGGCGUGGGCAGACACCCCGCGGCAAGUGGCGGAGUCCAGCGAUGUCGUGUUCACGUCGCUGCCCGGCCCGACCGAGGUGGAAGCGGUGUUCCUGGGCGACGAUGGGCUAUUGCAGGGUCUAUCCGCCGGAAAGGUCUAUUUCGACCUUAGCACCAGCACCCCCAACUUGAUCCGUCGCUUGCACGACAUCGCGGCGGGCCAAGGCAUACAAGUCCUGGACGCUCCCGUCAGCGGCGGUCCGAGCGGCGCCAGGACGAGGAAUCUGGCUAUUGCGGCGACCGGGCGGUGUUCGACCGUUGCAAGGACGUUUUGGAUGCUAUCGGCGACAAAGCCUACUACGUUGGAGCGAUAG